CCUAGUGGUGGGAUGUACUAUUAUUAAAUAAAUAUCUUUAUUCAUUGAAACAGCUCCAGGCUCCAGCUCCAAGAAUAAAGAAAUUAAAGAAAAUCAGGUUGACAACUGUACAAUUAAUUAAUUAUUUAAUUAAUCAUUAUUUCUUGGUUAAGCCCAUGGUUCAUUGAAUGGGUAGUGUUCACUUCUGUCACAAGUUCAAGAAUCCUAUCAUCAAUAGCAAUUUAAAGAUCAGACAAAAAAAAAAACAGCAAUUUAAAGAUGACAAGUUUAAGAUCCACCUUCUGUUUCUUGAUUUUCUGUACAUGUCUUAUCAUCUCAAUUAGCAGCCUAAGUCAUCAAUGGUCUAAGAAGAACCAUGUUGCCUUAUUCAUCUUCGGAGAUUCACUAUUUGAUGCUGGCAAUAACAACUACCUUAAAAAUGCCGCCGGCCGGGCAAAUUUCUGGCCGUACGGGGAAACGUUCUUUAAUUAUCCUACUGGGAGGUUCUCCGAUGGUCGAGUAAUUUCAGAUUUUAUUGCUGAGUAUUUAAAGUUGCCAUUAAUUUCACCAUAUCUUCAGCCUGGGGAUUAUCAGUUUAUGGAUGGGGUGAAUUUUGCUUCAGGCGGGGCUGGUGCUCUGGUUGAAACUUACCAAGGAAUGGUGAUAGAUCUUAAAACUCAGCUUAAUUAUUUCAAGAAUGUGGAGAAGCAACUAAGGCAGAAACUAGGUGAAUCAGAGACCAAGACACUGUUGUCCAGAGCCAUUUACUUAUUUAGCAUUGGAACCAAUGAUUACUUGGAACCUUCUACCAAAAAUUCUAGUUUACUUCAAUUCUUUUCCAGAGAAGAGUACGUAGGGAUGGUUAUUGGCAACCUCACAACAGUGAUCAAAGAAAUAUACAAGAUUGGUGGAAGAAAAUUUGGAUUUUUAAGCUUGUUGGCAUUGGGUAGUAUACCAUUCGUGAGAGCACGAGAACAGAACAGCCCAAGUGGGUUGAUGGAAGAAGUUACAGCUCUAGCAGAACUGCACAAUAAGGCACUUUAUAAUGAGCUCAAGGAGCUACAAAGAGAGCUUCCAGGAUUUAAAUAUUCAAAUUUUGAUUUCUACACUUCAGCAAGUGAGAGAAUUGAACACCCUUCAAAGUAUGGUUUUGUGGAGGGGAAAGUAGCAUGUUGUGGCACUGGACCUUACAGAGGAAUGGGGAACUGUGGGGGGAUGGAUGCAACAAAGGAGUACGAAUUAUGUGAAAAUCCCAGUGAAUAUUUGUUCUUUGAUGGUGGUCAUCCCACGGAGAAGUUCCACAAUCAACUUGCCAAGCUCAUGUGGAGUGGAAGUCCCAAGGUUACAAGUCCUUGCAAUCUUAAAGCACUACUUGAGGGAUAGGUGAUGAUAACUAUAGGCUUGGUGAUCUAAUAAUCGCCUUCCUAGUAGCUAGUGAACUCGUUGGUCAUUAUCCUUAAUUGAUUGGUUCAAUUUUUGAGAGCAUCCAUCAUUUCAAUUUCAAGUGUUUGUGGACUCCAUUAUUUUAUGCAAAAGCAACAUUGUAAUAAUGGGAAGUAAAUACUAAAUAGAAUGAAACCAUAACAGAGUGAAGCUAUUGAAGGCACGGCCAA